AUGAUUGACGAUGGAGUUGAUGACGAUGUGGUGAGGAAGGAUAAUGAAUGGAGAAAUGGGGAAUAUCAGAGGUUAGUGAGCGUUGUAAAAGAGCUGGAGACUCGUGCUGAAUCAAGGCCUCUGUCUGAGGAGGAACUCAGAGAAAGACUAGAGGCAAAAAGGGUGUUAAGUGACGAGGAUCGGUUAAAGUCAUUAGACGCUAAACAAAAAUCGCGAGUGAGAUGGGCAGUGGAUGGGGACGAGAACACUAAAUAUUUUCAUGGGGUAAUCAAGGCCAAUACAUCUAAUAACCGGAUUAAUGGUCUGGAGUUUGAUGGGGUUUGGUUGAUUGAACCUGUUCUUCUCAAAGAGAAAAUCAUAGACCACUUCAGUAACAAGUUUGCUGAACCUAUUUCCGAUAGGCCAAAGUUGUGUUGUCCAAAUUUAAUCCGCCUUACUGUGGCAGAAGCCGAUGCUCUUGUGACCAGGUUUUCUUUAUCCGAAAUUGAAUCUGCAGUGGGGGAUUGUGCGGGUGAAAGGGCUCCGGAACCGGAUGGUUUUAACUUUAAAGUUAUCAAACGAUUUUGGGGGUCUCUUAAGAAUGAUUUUGUGAAGCUUUUUGACAAAUUCCACAAUGAGGCAACUAUUAGUAACAGUUGUAUGUCAUCAUUUGUUGCUUUGAUUCCUAAGGUAAGUGACCUGAUGAAGAUCUCUGACUACAGGCCCAUUAGUCUUGUCGGGUGCUUAAAUAAGGUGUUGUCAAAAGUACUAGCCAACAGGUUAAAAGAGGUAAUAGGAAAGUUGAUAUCCAAGGAACAAACAGCUUACAUAGCUAGUAGAAGUAUCCUUGAUGGUCCGGUUAUCUUAAAUGAGACUCGAUCUUGGAUCAGAUGGGUUUUCCGUGUAAAUGGAGACGGUGGGUUUUCAGCACGAGCCUCUGUAUUAGUCAAUGGGUCUCCAACUGCCGAAUAUGUGGGGUCAAGAGGUUUACGCCAAGGGGACCCAUUAUCUCCAUUUUUGUUUCUCAUUGUGAUGGAAGCACUGUCUGGUAUGAUGAAAAAAGCUGUAGCUUCAGGUUUAUUUCAAGGAAUUCGGGUCAACUUGGACGGGCCACUACUGUCCCACUUUUUGUUUGCUGAUGACGGGAUUUUUUUGGGGGACUGGUCGAUUCAAAAUGGGAGGAAUCUUAAAAGAAUUUUAAGAGUGUUUUAUCUUAUGUCGGGGUUGAGAGUUAACUUAUCUAGAGUUAACUUAUCUAAAUGCAGCGUGUAUGGUAUUGGAGUAGACGACGAAGAUGUGGAGUCCAUGGCAAGGACACUCGGGUGCAAAGCGGGUUUCCCACCAUUCAUCCAUCUAGGAUUACCAGUUGGGGCAAACAUGAAUUUGGAACGAAACUGGGCCCCAUCCAAAGUCAUCGACGCAUUGGAAAGACUUAGGAGGACAUUUUUUUGGGGAGGAAACUCUGAUAAUUCUAAGAUAAGUUGGGUUGCUUGGGACCAAGUGAUAGCACCAGAAUGUACGGGUGGGAUAGGAUUCAGUUCGCUUCAGAACACAAACUUUGCUAUGCUUUCUAAAUGGUGGUGGCGCUUCAAAGUGGAUAUUGGCGGGUUGUGGAGAAAAGUCGUGUGGGCAAUUCGUAGUAGCUGCAGAUCAUGGUCAUUUAUUCCAAAGAGAUUGUCUCAGGUGGGCCCUUGGAAACAAAUUGCAAAAAUUUCAGAAAUUUUAAGGCACAAGGAGGUAUGCAUUGAAAAAGCUAUUGUCGGGGUUGUCCAAUCUGUGGGUCACAUCCUGUUUUGGAUUGAUGUAUGGGCCGGAGCAGAAUCAUUGGCAACCUUAUUUCCCUACUUGUAUGCGAAAGAGAAAAAGAAAUUGUGUACUGUAAAUGAAAGGAUAAUCUUCAAUGAGAAUACGAUUAUAUUUUCAUGGGAGUGGAGAUCAAGCUCGCUUUCUAUGGAGGAACAAGAUGAGUUAGUAAGGUUGCAGGGGUUGUUGGCUCAUGUAACUCUAUCGGAUAGACCUGACACAUGGAAGUGGAAGUUAGACAAGACUGGUAUGUUCACAGUAGCUAGCUUGAAAGAAAAGUUGAGCAUGUUCGGGAGGGAGUCUCUUAUUGACAGGUUUCAUUGGAAUUCUUGGGUGCCUAUGAAAGUGAAUAUGGUGGCGUGGAGAGCAAAUAUAAACAGACUACCAACAAAAGACAACAUUGUAAGAAGAAAUAUUAUAUUAUCGUCGGACCUAUGUGUGUUUUGUGGGGAGAGCACAGAAACAGUGGAACAUGUGUUGCAUUCAUGCCCAUUUACGCAAGCUGUAUGGGAACAAAUAUGUCUAUGGAAUCAGAUAUCUUCUUUUUUUGCUUUUGGGGUAUGCGAUUUGUGGAAGAUACAUCAGUUUCAUCCUCAUCCUAGAACUAAGAAUAGAAAAAAGGCACUAUAUGCAGUUAUUUUAGUAACAGUGUGGAGUGUAUGGAAAGCAAGGAACGACGUGGUUUUCAACAGAUUGCAACCGAGGACCUCAACGGUACUGGAAGAGAUCAAGGCGUUAUCUCUACUAUGGAUCCGACAUAGAUCGAGGUUGUACAACUUGGAUUGUGUUAGAUGGAGGGAUAAUGGCGUGUCUUGUAUAGAUUAA